UACGCCGUAUAAGUUAUAUUAUUAAUGAUCAAAACACGUGUUUAUGUGUUUAUUUAUGUGUAAAUUUUUUUUUUGAUUACUCGUCAGUCAAAAUGUUACAAGUUUUCGUUAGCUGACAAAUAGGGAUUGAUGGAUUUUGUACAAUGUUUUUAUACGAAAUCCUUUGCUGUUUAUUAUGUGUAGCUGCAGCGACUGCUGAACCCAACCAUGAUAAAAGGGAUUGGAAGAGCGAUCCAAAAGACACAACAUGUCUAACUGGUUAUAUGACGGACGUACAGACAUGGGUCGACAAAUAUGGGAGAUUGAAUGACGGUACCAAGGCGUCGAGUAUAAUCAUUUCAUCUCGUGAAGACGUCAGCAAAUUGCAAGAGAAAGUAGCUAAUUUCAAAUGCACUAAAGAUCAACGGAUUAUGUACAUGAGUAUGGUCAACUGUGGACUGACUCGUGUUCCAGCGAUUUUUAAAUUGAAAGACAAUUUAGAGCGUAGUUUAGCAUUUACCCUGGUAUACUUAACGUUAUACGGGAAUAACUUCGGAAAUCUGGAUUAUAACGAGACAUAUGACGUUAUAUUAAAUGCGACGGGAACAAAUGAGAUUAAUAUAAAUACGAAUAUAACAACCUAUAGAAAACAAUUGACCUUGUGGUCAGUGGGAUUUCAAGCCUUCACGUUCAGCAACUUGAGGGAACUAGAUCUACGGUCGUGUUCCAUACAAGCUUUGGGUAGUCACACAUUCCAAAGGAUGCCCAAGCUGAAAAAUCUUUACUUAGGAGAAAAUAAUAUACACUACAUAGAAACUAACGCUUUUAGAUCUCUAACGGCUUUAAAACAUUUAGAUUUAAGCAGAAACUAUGCUUACGAUGAAAGUGGACAGCCUAGGGACAUGUAUUUCGAAUCUUUGGACAUAUUCCAAAAUUUAAAUUUGGAAUCUUUAGACUUGUCAUUUACAUGUUUUGGACAGCGUAAUAUUAACAUACUAAAGAGUAUUGAGAAGAAGCUUAAACGAUUAUCAAUUUGUUACUCCGGCCUGAACAGAAUAAGAGAUGAUAGUUUUCACUUUCCCUCGAUGAGAUACCUCGACAUCUCUGGUAAUUACGAAAUACUGAGCACACCGCAUGUAUUUAAAGAAUUAAAUAAUUCACUACAAAUUCUAUUCGCUGAUAACGUAGCGCUGCGUAAUAUGGACAUUUUUGAAAAACUAACAAAUUUGGAAAUUUUAAAAUUGAGCAACAACGAAAUAAUAUCUAUACCAAAACGCGUGGCGAACAGCUUGAAAAAAUUACAAAUACUCGAUUUAGAUAACAAUAGAAUAGUAUCUUGGUUUAACGAUUUGAUUACUUUCAUGAAGAACUUGAAACUGCUAUCAUUGAAAAGUAACAAUAUCAAUGUUGUAACCAGAGAAAUGUAUUACGAUCUAGAAAACCUUACUUAUAUAUCUUUAUCUGGGAAUUUCUUGAUUUGCAAUUGUCACGCGAGGGAUAUAUACGAAGUUGGUUUGAGAAAUGAAUUAAAACAAAAGACAACAUUAAUAACAGGACUAAAUGAUAAUACGCGAAACCCCUUAUCAUUCCACAUAGGAUUUAAAUAUUUCAACGAUAUAAUACAUAAAAGGAAUAAUCUAACGGACAUAUGUAAAGAAACUAAAAAAUGUAACAAUGUAUAUAGUCCAGUACUAGUUGGUAACUAUUUACUAUUGGACACUAAUGAUUUCACCCAUAUGUAUGAAUGUUUAAUUGUAACUGACGGUGUAACGAAAUCGGUAUCAGAGAUAGAUUCGUGUUAUGAAAAACGUCGAGAGUUUGAUAUGCCAGACGAUUAUAUACGAUAUUGGAAUAAAUUUUUACUUUUCAUCAUACCGGGUGUGCUGUUCCCAAUAUUGUGUUUCGUCUUUAUAUUCAGAAAGAACUUGAGGUAUUUCGUGAUAACAAUGAGAAACUCGGCCAUGCUUAGUUUGAUUAAUAAGAAAGACGUCUGUGUUGAUGGAUCCAUUUUUAACUAUGAUGUAUUUGUUUCGUACUGUAACGAGGACAGGGCUUGGGUAUUGGACCAGCUCCUGCCACACGUCGAAAGAGAUUGCAAUGUCAGCGUUUGCCUUCACGAAAGAGACUUUCAGGUUGGCCUUUCAAUCUUAGAGAACAUAGUCUCCUGCAUGGACCGGUCCCGAUCCAUUAUGCUUAUCAUAUCAAAGAGAUUCUUGCUGAGUCAGUGGUGUCAGUUUGAGAUGCAUCUCGCUCAGCACAGAUUGCUAGAAACUCGUAGAGAAGAUUUAAUUCUGAUCCUUCUAGAAGAAAUACCGAGACGGCUCCGUCCAAACACACUUCACUAUCUCAUGCUCACAAAGACUUACAUAGUAUGGCCAAAAGAUGAGUCAGAACAUAGUUUAUUUUGGAAAAGAAUGAAAAAGAGUUUAACAACGCAUAAACUGAAACAGCAAGAUAAUGUGUCUUUAGCCUAAAAUACGAUCAGUUCUAGAACUGCGACGAAAAAAUUUUACAGCAAUAGGAUUAGACGACAAAAUUAAAAAGUGACUCAAGAUUUAGAAAAAUCUAAAUGAAUGCAAGAGCAUUUUAAUCUUGUUUUAUUGUCUGCUAGCUUGCUUUCGAAAACUACAAAAUUGCGUUUAUUUUCUCGAUUCACUCAAUUUUCUUAUCGUGCGAUGACAUUACAACAAAAUCUAGAUUUACGACCGAUUGGAGUCGAUUGAUAGUAAACAAAUGACUGUUUUAUAAAGCCAAUAUGAUAUCACUGGCAUUGCAAUGUAUGCUGUGCUAACUAAUAUUAGCUAAACUAAUAUAUUCGUCAUUGUAUAUUAUGUAAAAAUUAUAAAUCAAC